AUGUCGAGACACGUAAAUCUGAAGCGGAUAACGCUGACCUCGAAGAAGAAUUGGUGGAUGGUUGAGCUGAACGAGGAGGAGGAACAGCCUUCUAACGCUCCCAUAUCCACGGUGGACGAGACACAAGGCAGCGACUCCCAGCACGCCCAUCACCGCACACCCAAGCAGCUGCAUCGCCAGACCCCACGAACAUAUGAGACGACGUCGCACUCCUCGAAUCCAAUCUUCCAACCGCCCACGAACCCGGCCUCCAUCUUCUCCUUCCCCACCCCAACCUCGUACUCCGCACCCCCCAAUCCCACGCAGAGUCUGGCGCCAGUCGCGGCCGGGUCCGCGUCGGAGCUGUUCAAGUGCGUCGUGAAGAAGCCGAACGUCGUGCAGCUCGAGAUCAACGGCGAGAUGCAGUCCAACGCGCGCGACGUGACGACGCAGUUCCUCGCCGAGCUGCGCGUGUACACGACCGUCGCGCGCCACCGCAACAUCUGCGCGUUCCUCGGCGCGCUCGAGAACGUCGGCAUGGUGCUCGAGUACCUCGAGGGCCGCACGCUGUUCGACGUCAUCCGCGCGGAGCGGGACACGCUCACGCGCGCCCAGAAGGUCGACUACCACAACCAGCUCCUCGACGGGCUCACGCACCUCCACUCGUACGGCCUCAGCCACGGCGACCUCUCGCUGCUGAACAUCCAGGUCACGCACGGCUCCGACACCAUCAAGCUCUUCGACUUCGGCCGCUCCGUCUCUGCGGACUCGACGUACGCCUCCCCCGACGAGCCGUACGACGACGAGCCCCCCGCGUCGCCCCCUCCCCCCGCUCAUCCCCGUUUGAACUCUAGAUUCGUCCAGAAGAUGCCGGCCAUCCCCCCACCGCCCGCCGUCGGCCCGCGCAAGGUCGAGCGCAUAUACCCCGGCACGCGGCCGUUCUCCGCGCCCGAGAUCCUGCGCGGGGAGUGCGAGGACGCGCGGCUCGCGGACGCGUACAGCUUCGGGAUGAUCCUCGUGUGUCUCGACCGGUGCGACCUGGUCGACGUGAAGCCGUGGGACCAGCGGAAGGACAAGCUUCCGCCGGGGUUCUUGGACGGGCUUGAGAUAUUUGGGGAUCGAUGUUUGGGGUAUCUGAAGAGAUGCGACCAGGGACGGAGGAGGCUGUUGCGGGAGGACAUGAUGGAUCUCGACGUGAACAUGGGUCCAUGAACCCUCCUCGGAGGGUGUAAUAGUGGGGCGUCGCCGUUUCCCUCGUAUCUGCCCAUUAUAUGCUCUGCGACUCGAACAUCGUACAUUUAGCUCACUCCAGCUCUGCAUUGUAUUUGUAGCAAACUCUAGCGAUGUGGAUACCCUGUACCAUGUGCAAGUCAAUAGCCAUUUG